UGUCACCAUCAGCGUGCAGUCUAUCAAUCGACUACUCCGCAUGCACUAUGGCUGCUGACGAGUGCUACUGCCCUAAUAUUUGGCAGUUGCUCGCUUCUUUAAACAUGCUGAAGGCUGAACAUGGGGCUCCACUGUAGGAUCCCAUGGGGAGCGUUCUCCACGUUCAUGACAAUGCGGAUCCCACUAUGACAUGGUUCGUUAUCCCCGCAGAAUCUUUGGUUGAGAUCCACAUAUAAAGUAACAUCAUACCUUGCUUCGGACCACACGAAUCUGCAUUUUCUUGGCAGCUUCUUCCAGCCCAUUCGUCGCUCUCUUCACAGUUACUCGGGAUUCUGUCAAUUGUUGCGCACCCGGAAGGCAGUUGUCGAUAUGGAGAAGAUCCACAAGCUUAACGUUGUGCAUCGAUAUGAGAAGCGCAGUCUGCUCAUAGCGAUCAAUUGUAUCGCCGGUCUCUCCAUCCUCUUCUUUGGUUAUGACCAAGGAAUGAUGGGCGGCGUCAACACCGCAUACGACUACUACACCCUCAUGGGUUUCGGUCACAAAGGUGCCGAUGGCGAACCCGUUGUCGAUGACGCCCUGCUUCAGGGAGGUAUUGUCUCUGUCUACUACCUAGGAACCCUGGUCGGUUGCUUGAUCGGAGGAUCUAUCGGUGACCGUUACGGACGUAUCAAGACCAUCUUUACUGGUGCUGCGGUCGCGAAUGUUGGCGCUUGUCUGCAGUGUUCGGCCAUGAACCACGAGUGGAUGAUCUGCGCGCGUCUGGUGAAUGGCUGGGGAACUGGCAUCCUCAACUCUAUCAUUCCCGUUUGGGCAACCGAGACAGCUGAACACACCUCCCGUGGUCAAUUCAUCGCUAUCGAAUUCACUUUAAACAUCUUCGGUGUCGUCAUCGCGUACUGGCUCGAGUAUGCCUGCUCUUUCUACGGCGACGGCACAUCCUCCUUUAUCUGGCGCUUCCCGAUCGCGUUCCAGAUCCCCAUGCUCAUAGGCCUCAUGGCCGGCGUCCUGUUCUUCCCGGAGUCUCCUCGGUGGCUUGUAAAAGUCGGUCGCGAGUCCGAAGGUCGCUAUGUGCUUGCUCGACUCCGUGGCGACACGGGCGCCGACAGGGAGAAGGCUGAGGCGGAGUUCCAAGACAUUGUUGCGUCCUGCGAGCUUGAGCGAUCCAAUUUUCGCAAGCAGAGCUAUUUCCACAUGCUCUUCGGUAUUGGAUCUGGCAAGAUGCAUACUGGUAGACGUGUGCAGUUAGUUAUCUGGCUUCAGAUCAUGCAGGAGUGGGUCGGCAUUGCAGGCGUCACCAUCUAUGCGCCCACAAUCUUUGGAAUCGCUGGCAUGAGUCCUGCGAAGCGGCAGUGGAUUUCCGGACUGAACAACAUCUUCUACAUGUUCGCCACGCUCAUCUGUGUCUUCACGCUCGACCGUAUCGGUCGUCGCUGGAGUUGUUACUGGGGCUCCGCUGGUCAGGGCAUCGCGAUGGCGCUUGCUGGUGCAUUCUCAUACCUCGGUCAACAGGCGACGAACAACGGCGAUGCCAGCAAGGCUUCUGCGUACGGAAAUGCAGCUGUCUCCAUGGUCUUCAUCUUCACUUCCAUUUUCGGCGCGACAUGGCUGACAGUUCCAUGGCUGUACCCCGCUGAGAUCUUCCCCUUGGAAGUCCGAGCCAAAGGUAACGCCUGGGGAGUUGUGGGCUGGUCCAUCGGUAACGGCUGGCUUACGCUGCUUUGCCCGAUCAUGUUCGGCGCGAUUGGUGAGAAGACGCUGUAUAUCUUCGCUGCAUGCAAUGCCAUCACAAUUCCAAUGGUGUGGGCGCUGUAUCCCGAAACGAACCAGCGCACGCUUGAGGAGAUUGAUUUGUUGUUUGCGAGCGACAGUAUCUGGAACUGGGAGGCCGAGAAAAACUUUAAGAACCUGAGGGAUCAAAAUAUCUAUGAGCAUGGUAAUGGGUCGAAGGAGGAUGUUGAGUCAGUGGACAAAAGGAGAGGCAGUGUUGUUCGGGGGACGAGCCUGCACGUGGAAGACAGUAAGUUGUAAGAUGUUCUGCGUGUUGUUUGUUUCUCAUGUUUUUGCUGUAGUUCCGCUGCUGGCGUUUUAUGACGAACAAGAAUAGCGUUACUGCAUCCGAUCUCGAGCCUCCAUUGUGUUGCAUAAUGCCUCCGG